CAGCCAGCCGCACCACACCUCUCUUCCGCCUUCUCCAGAAGCAUCGCCAGGACAGGCAACAUCAGUCCAUUCGCACGGAUCGUCUGCUUUCCUCCUUCUGUCUGCACAACGUCCUCGGAUCCCUGUCCGCCGACACUUCUCCCCUCCCGAGCCUCGAAUACUCCCCCGACUCGCCCGUCUCCGCCGCACACAUGUUCGAGUUCGUGCCCUUGGUCGAUCAGAUUGGCAACCUGCUCACCGACCUCACCAGCUCGGAUUCCAAUUCGAAGCGACGAGAGGCCGCCCGCAAGCUCGCCGAGCUCAUCAAGAACAACGGCGGCGUCUCCAUCAUCUAUGACUACGAAAUCCUGCCCAACCUCAAGGGUGCUGCCGAGUACAAAAAGUCGGCUGCCGUCCGUGAGGGCGCCCUGCUGGCCUUCAACGCCAUAGUCGAGUUGUGCGGCUACUCUAUCCAGCCCUUUGUCAUCGGCAAAGGUGUCGACGGCGACAUUCUCUCCAUCGUUCUGGAUAUGCAUGCCGACAAGGAGGCCUCCGUCCGCCGCGCCGCUGAUGAUGCCAUCAAGACGAUCCUCGGCCAGGUCGUUGACGAGACCGUCCGGCUCUACUGGCCGACCCUGCUCGAGGUGCUCAAGAACGAGCGCUCCAAGUGGCAGACCAAGGAAGCGGCCCUCAAGCUCAUUGGAUCGCUUGCCAAAAAGUUCACCCAAAUCACCAACGACUGCCUGCCAUUGCUCGUUCCUGCUGUCUCCGAGGCCAUGUGGGAUACCAAGCCCGAGGUCUGCAAGGCUGCCCACACCGCCAUGUCGGCCGUCUGCAACUGUCUCACCAACAUCGACCUGACCCACCUCCUCCCUGACCUCGUCGGCUGCAUCGCUCGCCCUGAAGAAGUCCCUGCCUGCAUCGCCAAGCUGGCUGCCACCACCUUCGUCACCACCGUCGAGGGCCCCACACUGGCCAUCAUGACCCCGCUGCUGUCGCGAGCUCUGCAGGAGCGCAAGACCAGCAUGCUCCGACAGACAGCCCUCAUCAUCGGCAACAUGUGCAAGCUCGUCACCAACCCCGCCGAUGCCCACCAGUUCCUCCCGGUCUUGCUCCCGGGUCUGGAGCGAGUCAUUGAAGUUGCCGGCGACCCAGAGUUCCGCGAGGUCGCCACGAAUGCCAAGGAUACCCUGAUCCGCGUCGGUGGAGGCGACCACCGCGAGGACCUUGACAAGAGCGAGGAUCUCGACGACGCCCCGGCUGGCAUCUUCAAGAAGCUCCAGACCCUGCUUGGCCCCAUGGUCGAUGCCGAGCUCCUGUCCUUCCCGCCCUUCCAGCUCGUGCUGGAGCUUGUCUCGGCCGUGGCCUCCAACUUUGUCAAGGACUCGCAGUACACCCUCAAGACGUGGCUCAAGCACACGCCGCUCUUCCUGCAGGCGUAUCUGACGGCCGAGCAGGCCGAAUCCCUCGUCACCCAGCUCAACAACCUCCAAAAGUCCAAGCGUCGGGAUGUCCAGAUUGCCUCGGGCGACGAUGCCGAGGGCGAGGAGCUUUGCAACUGCGACUUUAGCUUGGCCUACGGCGCCAUGCUGCUCCUCAACCGCACCAACCUGCGAUUGGUCCGUGGCCAGCGCUACGGCCUCUGUGGUCCCAACGGCGCCGGCAAGUCGACGCUGAUGAAGGCCAUUGCCAACGGCCAGCUCAACGGCUUCCCUUCGCCCGACGAGCUCCGCACCAUCUACGUCGGCCACGACCUGCAGGCCUCCGAGGCCGAUCUGCCUCCCGUUGACUUUGUCGCGGCCGACCCCAAGAUCGCGGGUCAGUCGCGGGAAGAGAUCCACCAGGUCCUGGUUUCCGUCGGAUUCACUCCCGAACGCCUGCAGCUGCCCAUCUCCAAGCUCUCUGGCGGCUGGAAGAUGAAACUCGAGCUGGCCAGAGCCAUGCUUAUGAAGGCCGACAUUCUUCUCCUGGACGAACCGACCAACCACCUCGACAAGGAGAAUGUGGCCUGGCUGGAGAACUACCUCAACAGCCUCACGACCGUCACGAGCAUGAUCGUCUCGCACGACUCGGGCUUUUUGGACAAUGUCUGCACCUACAUCAUCCAUUACGAGCAGCUCAAGCUCAAGACAUACAAGGGCAACUUGUCAGAGUUUGUCAAGAUCAAGCCCGAGGCCAAGGCUUACUACGAGCUGGCUGCGACCCAGCUCAAGUACAUCUUCCCCAAGCCCGGUGUCCUUGACGGCGUCAAGAACCCCAACAAGGCCGUGAUUCGCAUGGUUGGAAUCAAAUACAGCUACCCGAACACCAACCGACUGGCGCUCGACGAUAUCAACGUGGCAUGCUCGCUGUCGUCGCGCAUUGCCGUCAUCGGCCCCAACGGCGCGGGCAAGUCGACGCUGAUCAAAGUUCUCACGGGCGAGGCUGUCCCGCAGGAGGGAAUCGUCUACAAGCACCCGACGUUGCGACUGGCCUACGUCGCCCAGCACGCCUUCCACCACGUCGAGCAGCACCUCGACAAGACUGCCAACGAAUACAUCCGCUGGCGCUUUGCCAAUGGCGACGACAAGGAAGUGCUCGAGAAGGCCUCGCGCCAGAUCAGCGACGAGGAGAAGGCCCUGAUGAACCGCGAGAUCAAGUUUGAGGACCAGUUGCGCCGCGUCGAGAUGCUCAUGGGCCGCCGCAAGUACAAGCGCACGUUUGAGUACGAGGUCAAGUGGGUUGGACUGAGACACAAGUACAACUCGUGGAUCAUGCGCGACCAGCUGCAGGAGUGGGGCUUUUCCAAGCUUCUCCAGGCCUACGACGAUCGCGAAGCCAUGAACCCCGGUAUCUACUACCGCCCCCUCACCUCGCCCAUCGUCCAGAAGCAUCUCCAGGACUUUGGCCUGGAUCCCGAGUUCAGCACUCACGGUCUGAUUCGGGGUCUCAGUGGCGGACAGAAGGUCAAGGUCGUGCUGGCAGCUGCCAUGUGGAACAACCCGCACAUGGUCGUGCUCGACGAGCCCACCAACUACCUCGAUCGCGACUCGCUCGGUGCUCUCGCCCAGGCGAUCCGUGAAUACGCCGGCGGUGUGAUCAUGAUCUCGCACAACUCCGAGUUCACUGGCGCCAUUUGCACCGAAGUCUGGCAUGUCGACAACGGCAAGAUCACCAUCCAAGGCAAGUCGAGCACUGUGACCUCCAAGGAAAUCGAGGAGGGCCUUGAGGCCGUCAAGCUCGGCAAGGAGACCUCGAAGGACACCGAUGUCGCCGGAGACGCGGCCACUUCUGCUGGUGCCCCCCAGGAGACGUCCUCCAAGGCCGGCUCUGCCUCUGCUUCGCCUGUCCCCGCCAAAAAGGCGGCGCCUCUCGGCAUGGGCGGCAAGAAGCUGACCCGCAAGGAGCUUAAGGAACUCGAACGUCGCCGCCUCGUCGCCAGCUUCAAGGGCAAAUCCCUCAGCAGUGACGAGGAAGAAAUGGGCGAGGGGCGUGGCCUGCUCCCGGCCAACGGCAAGCUCGGCAACUUCUAAGCGCCCGUUGCCUGACCAGGCGGCAGCUGGUGGUCUAUCGAUGAUUCGAAGCGGGAGUGAGGAUGGGGAGAGGGCGCUGCUUUGCGAAAGCAGAUGAUGUCUCGCCGAGUCUUGUCCGUCGACUGUCCUGUCAUUGCAAGCACCGACGGCCCCUGACCACACCACAACAGGGUUUCUGGUGCCGCAGACUCUCGCAGCCGAUGCGAACUUGGCCGCCGUCGCAGCCGUUUGUCGGAGUUUUUGUUGUUAGGAUUCAAGACGCGGG